AUCCCUUACACCACAGCUUCCAAAUAGUUUCCUAUCAGCCAAACACUUUCUUUCUCGAGGGGAAAAAAAAAAAGUUUAACCUUUUCAUCAAUGGCUCCAAAAGCAGAUAAGAAGCCGGCGGAGAAAAAGCCCGCGGCGGAGAAAUCUCCUGCUGCCGCUGCAGAGAAGAAGCCGAAGGCCGAGAAGAAGCUUCCAAAGGAGUCCUCUACCUCCGACAAGAAGAAGAAGAGGUCGAAGAAGAACGUGGAAACUUACAAGAUCUACAUCUUUAAGGUUCUGAAGCAGGUUCAUCCUGACAUCGGGAUCUCCAGUAAGGCCAUGGGGAUCAUGAACAGCUUCAUCAAUGACAUCUUCGAGAAGCUCGCUCAGGAGGCUUCGAAGCUCGCUCGCUACAACAAGAAGCCGACAAUUACCUCCAGGGAGAUCCAAACAGCGGUCAGACUGGUUCUUCCCGGUGAGCUUGCCAAGCACGCCGUCUCUGAAGGAACCAAGGCGGUCACCAAAUUUACUAGCUCUUAAGGUUUUUGUGGGGAUAUUUUGGGGAUUUUGGAAAUUUCAGAUGUAAAGUCUCUUUUUUUUUUGUUUUUUUGUUUUUUUUUUUGUAAGGCUACUUUGGUGUAAUUUUCAGUUCUAUGGUAGUAAUGAAAUUUCUUAUUUUCACUGAAA